AUGACGAUGAUGAUUAUUCUUAGAUCAUCACAAAUGAUGAAUCCGUCAGAACUUGGAAUACUCCGGCCAAACCAAAUUUCCACAAACAAGAGGAACGUCAAUCCGCCUAUGAGCCGAAGGAGAUUCUCUGUAGCAAGAGGCGGUAAAGCUCCUGACAAACCCUCCAUUCAAACCCCCAAACCCACAGUACAGGUGUUUGAUGAAGCAGGGAACGACGUCACGCCCAGGUCUCUGUACCAAUUGGGACCUGGAGCCAUGCACAGCAAAAUAUUCACAGGACUUGCCGUAUCACAAGGGACUGCCUCUAAUGUUCUGUCCACAGUGUACCAAACCACAACUGCAGUCUCUACAGGACCCUUUACCAUGUCUGCUUUAGAGAGUAGUUUAACGUUGAGGGGGAGUCGCUCUAUUACAGGAACAGCCUUUGAUGAAGUUGAGGAGCCUCACACAAAAAAGAAACCCUUGACUAGUCCUUCAGUCCAAAAGGUCCAGAUAGAGGAGCAGAUCGAGGAGGCCCUGCUGGACAAUCUAGUGGAUAUUUACCUCACUGAGUCAGAGAUCAUGUGCUUCCUGGACAUCCCUGCAGAGUCCGUAUCUGUUGACUCAAAAGAGGCUGAAGCUGUCGAGAAGAGGAAUGAGGUAUAUAGAGAAAUUUGCAAGAACAGACAGGGGAAUGAUAAAUACGUAGAGCGAACAAUGCAGACGAUUAAUGCAGCAUCCAAGUCUAAAGGAAUCCAAAGUGAUCGCAUCAUCACGGUGGAAAAAGGUGCCAUGGCCACCAACUGGGACAUCUAUGACUUGUCUGUAGACAAUAAAACAAAUGAAGAGGAACCCAUCGCUGCUGAUGUCUCCUCCCCUUAUCACCUAGAGUCAAACAGAGGUCUCCAGAAAAUCAUCUCCAGACUCAGUACCACCAGCAUAGCCACUAGCGCUAGCUCCCAAAGAGAGAUGGAGGCUUCCCCAACUCAGAUGAUAGAGAAGCUUGACCAAGAGCACAUCCUGCACUCAAAGAGGUUCCAGCAGUCCCUGCAAGUGAUGGAGAGGACGGUUCUGCUGAACAUCUACCAACACAAACUAGCUACCUACAAAGAGCUGCCCAUACUGCCGGAUCCAGACUGUGUGCCGAGCGUGAGUGAAGAGGACAGAGAAGACGUUGAGGAAGAGGAUACGCUGAGCCCAGCUCUGGAGCUCCUCUGGGCCUUCAGCUGUGAGCUGACGAAGGGCCACAGUGUCUGCAGCAUGGCCUGGAACAAGAAAAAUCCAGACAUUCUGGCAGUGGGAUACGGGGAGUUUGACUUCACGAAUCAGAAAUCCGGACUGGUCUGCGUCUGGUCUCUGAAUAAUCCUACUUGGCCUGAGUGGACUUUCAGCUGUAAAUCCAGUGUGACAUCCCUGGACUUCUCAAACACUAACCCCAAUCUGUUAGCAGUGGGUCUAUAUGAUGGCACCAUCGCUAUCUACAACAUGCAGAGCUCUAACGCAACGCUGAUCUGUGACAGCAGGGAUUGUGCCCAAAAACACACAGCUCCAGUGUGGCAGGUGAAGUGGAUUGUUCGCAUAUAUCUGUCAGGAGAAGUUGAACGAGAGACGCUGUUCUCUGUGUCUGCUGAUGCAAGGAUCAGCGAAUGGGUCUUUCAUCAACGCCUUGAGUGCACCGAUAUGAUGAAGCUGAAGAGGAUACGGAACGAAAAAACAGAGCAAACAUGGAAGCAUGAACCAUUGCUCUCUCGCUGGGCGGUUGGACUGUGCUUCGAUUUUCACUGCUAUGAUUCCAACAUGUAUUUGGUGGGAACGGAAGAAGGACAUAUUCAUAAAUGCUCCUGUUUACACAAUGAGCAGAUCUUAGAGACCUACAAAAAUCACUUAGGUCCCGUCUAUAGGGUUACAUGGUCACCAUUUUAUCCAGAAAUCUUCCUGAGCUGUUCUGCAGACUGGACCAUUCAGCUUUGGCAUCGGGAUCAUUUUACUCCAAUGAUGAGCUUUACUUCCGUUAAGAAAGCUGUGUAUGAUAUCAUGUGGUCCCCUCACUGGGCUACUGUGUUCGGGGUGGUCAACCAGGACAGAGUGGAAAUCUGGGAUCUGGGCGCUAGCAUUUUGAAUCCGACUUUAGUAACUAAGGUCGUUCCAGGGGUGAAACCAACCUGUCUGCUAUUUGCCAUGGAGACCGACUGUGUUCUAGUAGGAGACAGUGAGGGCCAGGUCAGUGUCUACAAGCUGCAGAACUUCACAGCAGGAGAAGGAACACAGGUGGACAUAUUGGAGGACAUAGUCAGCUCUACACUGGCCAGUUAGACCUGAGAGAGAGAGAGAGACCAUGUGUGUCUGUCUAAUAGGAAUAAACUAACAAUUUAUGUACAUUGUACAAUUUCUAAAAGCACUUAUGCCCUACGUCUGGCUGGAGUCUCAUCACAUUGCUCCUGUGGAGAACGGCCCCAUAUGGACAGUCAAAAGACCCACUUGGAAGAUGGCUCUGGACACUUAGUUUUCCUGUGAUGGCUGAGGACUACAAUUGUGGUCAUAACUUCAGGUCUACAGUUGUCAUUUUUGCACUCAAGUCUCCAUCAGUGAACAGCUGAUAACUUCAACAAAAUAGACUUCAUGCUAAAACUAUAUUUCCUGUUUACACAGUUGUACUUUGUGACUAUAUAGGACACUGUUAUGGAAGUGAGUUAUUUAUAAAAUCACUCUAUCUGUUAUCACCCAAAUGAGGAUGGGUUCCCUUUCGAAUCUGGCUCCUCUCAAGAUUUCUUCCUCAUGAUGUCUCGGAGUUUUUCCUUGCCACCGUCACCACAGGCUUGCUCAGGGAUAAAUUAGGGAUAAAAUUAGC